AUGGAGAUGAAUUCCAAUAAUGAGGAGAUCCACGCCAUUGAGGCAGAGCUCCAUACCGAGAUUCUUCCUGGCACAGAGAUUAUGAGAGAUGUCGCUUCGCAUCAUUUUGUCAAGGAUCGCUCGGGCUCCAAUCGUGUUCUUAUUCCGCAACCCUCAGACGACCCAGCUGACCCUCUCAACUGGUCACUAAAGUGGAAAAUGCUAGCGAUCACUGGAGCCAGCAUGUCCUCUUUCUUCCAAGGGUUUGGGCCACUUGCUCUUGCACCUAUGUUUGGGGAUUACAUUGAAGCAUUUCACAGCACUCUAGCAGAUGUUGUGCAGUUCACUGGAGUCUGUAUCCUGGUUCUUGGCUUCAGCAACUUCAUAUGGUACGUUGGGGGCACCCAAUCCGAGAGGGUCUUUUCUAAGCUGGGACAAAUCACUAAGAAAUGCCAACAGGGUCCCGUUAAGCACUUCAUUCGGCAGGAGACCGACAUCUUCUUCUUGCACGACAGAGGCAAGUGGAACACCUUGUACUGGGUCGUCUACAUGGGCUCCCUGAUGAUUGGCCCCAUCAUCGGCGGGUCCAUGGCUCUCCACGUUGGCUGGCGCAACUUCUGGUGGUUCAACGUGGCUCUUGGUGCAGUUGUGGUGAUCUACACCAUCUUCCUAUUCCCAGAGACCAAGUGGCACCGCCCUCAUCCGAAUGAGAUCAUCGAGGAAUCCCGAGCGAACGAGAAGAUGGAGGGUUCGGCCAAUGCUAGCCACGCCGAGGCCUCCAGACCUAAUAGCGAUGGAAUAACAGAGCACGCCACCAGCACCGAAAAAGAGGGAACAUCCCCGGAAGGAUUUGCGGAUCUGUCGACAAGCGAGACAGCUGCAAGGGAUCCGUAUCUCGGGCGGGGAAAGCCGGCAAAGUGGCAGUUCCGGUUCUUCCAACCCAACGCACAUCCUUUCAAGGCUAUCCUUUUGGACCUGUGGAUUCCUUGGAAACUGUUCGCAUUUCCCAUUGUCCAAUUUGCCAGCUUCGUCGUCUCUUGGAGCUGCUCGUCAUUCCUUACUAUUAAUCUAACCCAGAGCCAAGUUCUUGCUGCGCCACCUUACAAUUUCUCUACGCAGACCAUCGGUUUUACCAAUUUUGCUAUCUUUGCUGGAGCUUUGAUCGGCCUUGCCACUGGUGGUCCUCUGUCUGACUGGGUGGCUGCCAAGCUCACUGCAAGGAACAACGGCGUUCGCGAACCAGAGAUGAGAUUGGUUGCCAUGAUACCGUUCGUUCUUAUUAUGUACCUUGGCAAUAUCAUCGUCUCGGUUGGGUAUGAGAACCAUUGGCCAUGGGAAGUGAUUGUGCUCAUUGGAUAUUCUUGCGCCGGCAUCCAAGUUGCAGCCCUCCCCAGCAUCUCAAGCACGUAUGCUGUUGACAGUUAUAAGCCUGUUGCAGGCAGCCUAUUUGUUAGCAUUACAGUCAACAAGAAUGUUUGGGGCUAUGGCUUUAGUAAAUUCAUUACCCCUUGGAGCGAGAAGGCUGGAUUCAUUGCACCUAUCAUGACCAAUGGAAGCUUAGUUUUCCUCUGGUGUCUGUUUGGUAUUGUAUUCUACUACUACGGCAAGACAUUCCGUCGUUGGACCAGGAACAGCAGUGUCCAUAGGCUUUAG